UCCCCCUUAGUCCCUUAGUCCCUUUAGUCCCUUAGUCCCUUUAGUCCCUUUAGUCCCUUUAGUCCCUUAGUCCCUUUAGUCCCUUUAUUCCCUUUAGUCCCUUAGUCCCUUUUGUCCCUUUGGUCCCUUUAGUCCUUUUGUCCCUUUAGUCCCUUAGUCCCUUUAGUCCCUUUAGUCCCUUUAGUCCCUUAGUCCCUUAGUCCCUUUAGUCCCUUUAGUCCCUUAGUCCCUUAGUCCCUUUAGUCCCUUUAGUCCCUUAGUCUUGGUAAAAAUGAUGUGUUAUUUUUUUUUCAAAAUUCAAUUUGAAAUAAAAAAACCCAUAGACUCGUGUUAGAACACCAUAUCGAGGUGAACCUGCUGCCGAGAUUGACGAUUGUGGACUUCGUAUAUGA